GACACGCACUGUGGGGAUACUUCACUCCACAGCCGCCUCUUUUUCACGCGCGCACUUGGCGGGAAUUGCUUGGCGGGAAGAAGGACCGCGGCUGAGCUCUGAUGUUUGGGAGCAAUUGUGUUGAAGUGAUGCCUCGCUCUCCCAUGUAGGCACGCAGUGGGGAUUUUCUUUCUUCGGCGCACAAGGAUGAUGAAUCAGGACACAUAAAUCAGCAAUUAGAUUACAAGUAAGGUGACCACAGAGAUGGUUGAGCCGCAAAUAUUUGCUUCUUCAAGAGGAUCUUAAAUAAUUCGAUACAUCACAGAAGAUGGGAGCUUUGAAAAUAUUCCUCUUUUUUCUCCUCCUGCACCAGGUCUCCUGCAGGAAAGUAGUCGCUGGGGAGACGGAGCUCAUGGAGUGGGGGGACCCACACUCCUCUCCCACGGGGGCCAGUCCUCGGAUCCUCAACCCCCUGCGCCUGUUUGCCAGGCCCUCCCCGGGCCUGAAGGAAGUGUCCUAUUUACAGAACAUGGAGGACUUCUGGGACUGGUUAUCUAACCAGACAGAUGUUCAGGACCCACAGGCCAGAACUAAACGCAGGCCCAUCGUCAAGACCGGCAAGUUCAAGAAGAUGUUCGGCUGGGGAGACUUCCACUCCAACAUCAAGACGGUCAAACUCAACCUGCUGAUCACGGGCAAGAUCGUGGACCACGGCAACGGCACCUUCAGCGUCUACUUCCGCCACAACUCCACGGGCCUGGGCAACGUGUCGGUCAGCCUGGUGCCGCCCUCCAAGGUGGUGGAGUUCGAGGUGGCCCAGCAGUCCACGCUGGAGACCAAGGACACCAAGUCCUUCAACUGCCGCAUCGAGUACGAGAAGACGGACCGCAACAAGAAGACGGCGCUGUGCAGCUUCGACCCGUCCAAGGUGUGCUACCAGGAGCAGACGCAGAGUCACGUGUCCUGGCUCUGCUCCAAGCCCUUCAAGGUCAUCUGCAUCUACAUCGCCUUCUACAGCGUGGACUACAAACUGGUGCAGAAGGUUUGUCCCGACUACAACUACCACAGUGACACACCUUACUCCUCCACCGGAUGACAUCAUCUUUAAGUCAUGGCGGCCUUCCAACCACCCGUCUCCUCCGCACCGGGCAGGAAGUCACCUUCAGAGACUUCCUGUUUGCUACUUGGGUCUCCACAGCACCAUUUCACUGGGUACUUCCUGGAGCGGUACUGUGAGUACUAGGGCUGCACUAAAUAUCGAUUCACAUCAGAAACACCAUUUUCUUUCAUCCCGAUUCUGAAUUGAUACAUACUUUAAAAAAAUCUAUUAUAUAUAUAUAUUUAAAUUAAUUGUUGAAUUCAUUUUAAUUACAAUAAUUAGAAUGAAACUUUUUCAAAACAGGUCAGAAAAGUUCCUUUUGUUUGCAUGAGUAUAGCCUGAAAACUUCUUUUUUUUUUUUAUAUUGAGCCUUGUGAAAAAAAACGUUCAUAAUUUUCAAAAAUCGAUUAACAGAAAUUGUUUUAAUAAUUUUUUCGCAAUUUUUCUAACAAAAAAACUAAAUGUUUUUAUUGUUUUUUUUGUUACAUACAUACAUACAUACAUAUAUAUAUACACACACACAUAUAUGUGU